AUGACAAGCAAUCGACCUCCGGCUCAGGUAUCCUCCGAGACUAUCGACGAACAUGAAAACGUAGUAGUGCCACCUAACUUAACGCCAGGUCCGGAUUUUGCGACUGCUUCCCUCGGCUCAACGUCGCAAGAUUCGGACACUGCGCUGCUGAAUCGUUCCUCUGUUUCUAUUUCCGUGGGCGAGCCUUUAUCCGAGGACGUAAACGGUACAGAGUGGCCUAGUCUUUUGCGUCCACCGAGCUCUAGUGAAGCGGAAGAUUAUGGCCUCUUCGUCGACUACCAGUCACACGACUUUCCCUACUUCAAUGAGAUGUCGUACAAUCUCAAUCUACCAUUUGCUUGGAUGAUGCAAACACACCAAAGUCCCUCUCCGACUCAACAUACUUUGGAGUUUGAAACACUGAAUCCUCCCACGCCCAAUCAUGGCAAUUUGGUUACCCCCGAGCCCACUGAUAAUCCUGAAUUUAGAAGGUCCAGUAUAAAAUCCCAUACUGCUACUGAGUCCCGCAGGAGGAGCUCCGACAAGGCCGCAGACGCAUCACAAUCUCACCUGGCACAUGUCUGUCCAUCCUUUCCUAUGCUCGAGGAAGACGCAUCACGGAGCGCUAGCGCCGAAGUCUUCGGCCAUGUAAGCAGAAUUCCUGAGAAAGCGUACGCUGAUGUGCGCUCCUUUUACAUAUUGGAACGCGGCUAUGAUGACAGGUCGUUUCCUCACUCCCGAUUGCUCCAUUCCUUUGCAGAGUUGUACUUCGAGUAUUUCGAUCCUUGCCUUCCAUUUUUGCAUCCAGUCAGAGUCGAAAGAGACGACCUAUCCUGGAUCCUUUUAAUGGCCGUGGCUGCUAUCGGAAGCCAGUACUCCGAAGUGAGAGACGCGCCUAUGUUCACUACAGUCUUCCAUCACUUGCUGCGGAAGGCUAUACAAGCUCAUGCUAUCACAAAGAGAAUGGAAAUCUCAUUCGUCCAGAGUGUAUUGUUGCGGGAUGUCGGACUUAUCUCCUCCGGUCUCAAGUUAGACCAUGCUGUAUUGCAGCGAGAGAGAAGUCUGAUCACGAGCCUAUGUCGCUGUUUAUCGACUCACGCUGGCGCUCCUGACAACGAAGAGUAUACGGUCAAUCAGGAAAUGGACCAUGAGUGGCUACCCUGGUUGCUAGCUGAAGAAGUCGUCCGCCUCAUGCAUUGCGUAUACACAUUAGAAUGUUUCCAGUUGAUUCUGUUCGACCAGCGUCCACUCUUCAGACUCACAGACUUCGCUCAACGUUUGCCUUGUGGGGAUGCUAUCUGGAGAUGCCGCACUGAAAAAUCAUGGAACGAACAGAGGCAUCGCGAGGUAAUAAAUAGCCAACCUGCUAAGCUCGACCAUUUCUCGAGUAACAUACGCAUAUUCAGCCUCUACGCCAACGAAAGAGCGACUUUGGAUCAGGUGCAAUCAUCACUGCGCUUGGGCUCCCUGUUCAAGCCCGAACUAGGUAUUGACCUACAUGAUCAGGAUGUCAAUUCUAACCGAGAUAGAUUGCUAGCCUCUGGAGCCUCGCUAGACGAUAUCACGUACCUAGACCAAGUGAUUCACGACGCUAUCGCAUCUAAACAUCUUCCGCAUCAUGCUGGAGAACAGGCCUUGCAAGACCCUAUCGUACAUGUUAUAUCCAUACUGAGAGACAUCCCGCUACGUACAAUAUACGCCUCUGUAGGUUGGCAAGCAAACGUUCCUGAGAUGCAACGAACAAGAGAGGGACUUAAAGAGUACUUGCGGUGCAACCCAAUUACCGCUAGGAUCUGCUUGUGGCACGCAGCUCAGGUCUACUUGUCCAUGCGAAAUCAUCGCUACCCCGCAUACUAUGCAUGCCUUUCGUUUGUCAUCGCCGUCACUUAUAUCCUUCUUUAUGAUCAGAUACUAGGAGAGACACACCCGCAGGGAGAUCUUAUCCGUUUGGACAAGUUGAAAGAGAAGACCGACGCAGAUAUAUGGGCAAGAGAUGGUGAGAGUUCAAGAGUACAUAUCACAGGCAUCGGUAUUUUGAACAGCACCGAGAGUAGUCGAAGAUUACUUGUUGGAGCCGCAAACAUUCUACGGUCUCAGAGACCGUGGCGAAACAUGUCGGAAUCCCUUGCAGACUGCUUUGCACAGAUGAGCGAGGGACGAAGGCCACGAGCCGGUUGGUAA